CGGAGGGGUUAUGCAUUGUGCUCAGUCUGCUGUCAGUACUGCAUCCACUGAGGAGGAGGAGAGGGCCACACAUUAACCCUGAGCUGUAAACGUGCACGGAGAGGGCUAUCAGGACGAAUCUGUGAUCGUUUCUGCAGCGUUUCCUGGACGCUUGUGUUGCUCUUUUGUUGCCAUCAGUCGCCGGGCUGCAGGAGGAAAAACCGGGGAGGACUCGCCUCCUUAAAAGCCCGAUCGCUCGGUGGCGGAAGGGACGUGAUAUGAACCCCUCAUCGGCUUAAACGGCAGUGCAGCUAAAUAGCCCCGUUUUCAGGGGGAGGGGGGAGUUAACGGAGGAUCAAAAGAGGACAUUUAUACCUUUUUAACCUGCAGCUGAAGGCCGAGAAAUAGCCACGGAACCUGUAGCGAUGCCCGGGUUUGAUUACAAGUUUCUGGAAAAGCCAAAGAGACGGUUCCAGUGUCCGCUCUGCAGCAAGGCGAUGCGGGAGCCGGUCCAAGUGUCUACCUGUGGACAUCGGUUCUGUGACACCUGUCUGCAAGAAUUUCUAAGUGAGGGCGUCUUCAAGUGUCCGGAGGACCAGCUGCCGCUGGACUAUGCCAAGAUCUUCCCGGACCCAGAGCUGGAGCAGCAAAUCCUGGCGCUGCCCAUCCGUUGCAUCCACAGUGAGGAGGGCUGCCGCUGGACCGGCCAGAUGAAGCAGCUGCAGGGCCACUUCUCCACCUGCGCCUUCAAUGUGAUACCAUGCCCAAACCGCUGCUCCGUCAAGCUGACGCGCCGCGACUUGCCCGACCACCUGCAGCACGACUGCCCGAAGCGCAAGGUCAAGUGCGAGUUUUGUGGCAGCGAGUUCACCGGUGAAGCCUACGAGAACCACCAGGGCGUGUGUCCUCAGGAGAGUGUUUACUGUGAGAACAAGUGUGGGGCGAGGAUGAUGCGUCGUCUGCUGUCCCAACACGGCCUGUCCGAGUGUCCCAAACGCACGCAGCCCUGCAAGUACUGCGGCAAGGAGUUCGUCUUUGACACAAUCCAGAACCACCAGUUCCACUGCCCUCGGUUUCCUGUCCAGUGCCCAAACCAGUGUGGCACACCCAACAUCGCCCGAGAGGAUCUGGCUAACCAUGUGAAGGACAACUGCGGCAGCGCACUCGUUCUCUGCCCCUUCAAAGACGCCGGCUGCAAACACAGGUGCCCCAAACUGGCUAUCGGCCGUCACCUGGAGGACACCACCAAGUCUCACCUGACUAUGAUGUGUAACCUCGUGGGGCGUCAGCGGCAGGAGAUCCUGGAGCUGCGGAGGGAGAUGGAGGAGCUGUCCGUCAGUCACGACGGCGUUCUCAUCUGGAAGCUCAGCGACUACUCGCGCAAACUUCAGGAGGCCAAACUCCGAAGCAACCACGAGUUCUUCAGCCCGCCCUUCUACACUCACCGCUACGGCUACAAGCUGCAGGUGUCGGCCUUCCUGAAUGGCAACGGCAGCGGCGAGGGCUCCCACCUCUCCGUCUACAUCCGCGUGUUGCCCGGAGAGUACGACAGCCUGCUGGAGUGGCCCUUCUCUUACAAGGUGACUUUCUCCAUCAUGGACCAGAGCGACCCGUCGCUUUCCAAACCCCAGCACAUCACGGAGACAUUCAACCCUGACCCUAACUGGAAGAACUUCCAGAAACCCAGCAGCACCCGCAACUCGCUGGACGAGAGCACCCUAGGCUUCGGCUACCCCAAGUUCAUCUCUCACGAGGAGAUCAAGAAGAGGAACUACGUUCGAGACAACUGCAUCUUUGUCAAGGCUUCUAUAGAGAUUCCCCAGAAGAUAAUGGCUUAAGAUCCCACCUUUGUUUUCUUUUUAUAAAGGAGAAAGAUGGGUUUAGGACUGGAACUGACACUUAACCUUGAAAACUUCUACACACUUACCCUUUAUAUACUUUCUGCCCUUACAGCCUCUCCACCACAGAGCUUGAAUCGAGUCUGUUUGGCUGUGUGAGCUGACUCGGAGGACCUUGAUGUAUCGCAGAGGAGAAAGUGUUUGGUCUGCAGAACCAUCACUCUCGUGUGUUCCUUUUUAUUAAAUUUUUUUUAUCUGUUUGCUGACCUUUAAUCACAGUCUACAACAAAAAGCCUUGGAAAUCAAACAGUGCCUAGAGAGUUUAUCUUAAGUUAUAUUUUUGUUGUUAUUUCCGCAGUACAGAUGUUGAAGAUUAUGGAAAAGAUAUUAAAACAAGUAAGUUGUGAAGGGCUUCGCUAAACCUCUGCACUUAGAGUAGAGAGGAAGUUAGAAGCAUGUUAGAGACGUCCCGUGUGGGUGAUCUAAGGAAGAGGGAGCUCAGCAGACUCAAGCUCAAGCCCAACUGCCUUUUGUUUACAUGCUCAUACAGUAUAUUCCCAUUGAUCCCUUAACAAACACACAGCCCUUGGUAAGAGACUGCUCGAGAGGUUUGUGUACACACAAACAUCAAAUCGAUGUUUUCAAGUGAAAAACAUGCAGCUUCAUUCUUAGUGUUUUAAAGGAAUAUUAAUACAUUUUGGUUGAGUUGAAUGAGAAGAUCAAUACCACUCUCAAUAUUAAGGGUACAGCCAGCAGCCGGUUAGCUUUAGAAUAAAGACUGGAAACAGCUAGCCUGCCUCUGUCCAAAGGUAACAACAUCCACCCACCAGCACCUGUAAAGCUCACUCAGUAACCACUUUAUAUCUUGUUUCUUUAAUCCAUACAAAAAUAAAAUAUUUGGCCAGAGACAUCUGUUUCCUCCUGUUUCUAGUUGUUAUGCUAAGCUAAGCUAACUCGCUGCUACGGAAAUAAAUGUGGUAUCAAUCUUCUAAUCUAACACAGCAAAAAAAGCAAAUAAACGUAUUUCCCAGAAUGUCAAACUAUUUAACAACAUUUUUACUAAAAACGUGCUGCUAAUUUUUGGCCUCUGCUAACUUUUGGGCUAAAAAAUACAACUGUCAAGCUCAACCAAGGCUGGGUUUUUUAGUGGGUUUUUUUGUUUGUUUUUAAGUUUACAAGUUUUUUACCCGACAACAUUGAAGCUAUACAUCUGUCUCUUCUAGUUAACUGCUCCCAUCACAGGAACUGUCUGUGACUUGUGUUUUUCAGUAGUUCGACCCAGUCGUAAAUAGCUUCAGGAGGAGCACGCAGAAGUACCAAACACACACUUCAUAGUGACCCUAUGAGGCUUUGUGUCCGUUGUGGAGUCCACCAAUAGGGGAAAAAAAGCACCUUUCGUCGGUCUUCGGAUGAGCAGAGCAGACAAAGAGGCCAGUUGUCGGAGUACACGUGCAUUUAAUAGUGAAGGAAAAGCCAUGUGGCCUUUUUAUACAGUAUGUCUUCGCAUGAGGGUUUUAGGGUGAGCAGGGCAACAUAAACACAUGCAUGCUUCAUGUGCUACCACCUGGACCACAUUUUUGUACUGUAACCUGUAUUCUUGAAAUCCUCUCCCGUUGAUGGCUAUUUUGUCUCUUUUUUUUGGACUGUUUGAAACUUGACAAAUUGUCAAAAAGUUUUUUUUGUUUUUUUAUAUAUACAGAAAAUGUGAACGCUGUCGGUAACAUAACCUAAAAAGACAAUGAACACUCGGCUGUGAAGUGUAUUGUUUUACAAGCCCGGGCAUGGGCGGUGUACUGUUUGAAAAGACGGUUAACGGCAUGGUCUGUGCAAAUAUGUGGGUGUCUCGGAACUGACUACUCCUUUUGUUGUUGCCAUGGUCACCGCUGUCUAUCUUCAGCUCGGCACACAAUGCUGCGACGGGGAGCGGUUGGAGGGAUGUGUGAUGCACCGUCUCCAUCACAGCACCAUCAGAGGGGUGGAGGACUCAUGACGUAUGUGAAUACUAAUGUAAAAAUGCAGAAGCACAUUCUGUCUUUUUAUUAUUAUACAUGGAACAAUUCCUGAUUUCUUGUCAUAAUACCAGCUGAUAUUUUACAGUGAUUUAAAGAAGUGAGAAGACAAAACUCUUUUGUAAGAUUCUGUAUUUUUAAAAAUACUUAGCUGUUUUAUACAAACACUUUUCGUUGGAGAGUCGGGGUUGACUUUGGGAAUUUUCAGACCCUUUGGUCUCUUUGGACAUUUGGAUAAUUUGUUUGUACUUGUGUUUGAGCCUCACAUAUUCUGUCUGUAUUAUUUCCUCUUAAAAGUAUUUAUUUUAAGGAGCCAUCAUGUGAGUUUGAACAGAUGGCACAAAUGUUUUAAUAUGUUGAUUGAUGAGUGCUUGUCAAUUUCUUAAUUGAAAUAAAAUACCAUAUAUUAUA